GCUGAUGAGUCUCGUACUCGCUUCCUGUUGGAUAUUGUAGAAAGUUGCAGUGAGUUUGUGGUAUCCGCCGGACUAUAGUAAUGGUUCUCACUAAGGAUGUAUCCCUUCCUAGUGAAGAAGAUUUAACAGUUCAAGAGGUUGAAGUUAGCACACCUGGGUUAAGAGCUGCAGCAUUUCAUAUGGGUAAAGCAUGUGAAAAUGCAAAUAAUGAAUUUAUGCUUUGUCGCCAAGAAUAUAAGGACCCUCGCCAAUGCUUGAACGAAGGAAAAGCUGUUACUGCCUGUUCCUUGGAUUUCUUCCGAAAGAUUAAAAAGAACUGUGCUAUGGAGUUCACACAGUUUGCCAAUUGCUUGGACCGCUCCAGCUGUGAUUUUAGUUUUUCACCAUGUCGAAAAACACAAGCAGUUUUUGAUAAAUGUAUGUUUGACAACUUGAACAUGGAACGGCCAUAUUUUGGUUAUUUUUCCGAAGUAAAAGUUCAUCACACAGAAAGACCCCGACCUGAAGGCAUCAAGAAGCCAGAAUAUCCUGAUAUGCCAUUACCAGUCCCUGAUGAUUUGCCCCUUUCACCAGCUAAAUUUGGCAAGCGUGUGUUUUCUUAACGAAACAAUACGAUCUCCGUAUUGAAAGAAAAAGUAGGAAGACUUGUAAUACAUGAAAGUAAUAAUAGUUAAA